CCGGUGGGUUACGCCGAAGCGAGGGCAGGAAUCCCACAAUAGCAGGGAAAGGAGUUUUUUCUCGGCAGCGCUGGUGGUUGUUUCAAUCAAAGGGAAGGCAAAGGGAGGCUCUGCAGAGAGAUGUAAGAUGGCAGAGCUACAAAUGUUGUUAGAGGAAGAGAUUCCGGCCGGGAAAAGAGCGCUUGUGGAGAGUUACCAGAACCUGACCAGAGUAGCGGACUACUGCGAGAACAAUUAUGUCCAGGCGCAGGACAAGAGGAAAGCUCUCGAGGAGACCAAAGCCUACACCACCCAGUCCCUGGCCAGCGUGGCCUACCAGAUCAAUGCCUUAGCCAACAAUGUGCUGCAGCUGCUGGACAUCCAGGCCUCGCAGCUGCGGCGCAUGGAGUCCUCCAUCAACCACAUCUCCCAGACAGUGGACAUCCAUAAAGAGAAGGUGGCCAGGCGGGAGAUCGGGAUCCUCACCACCAACAAGAACACGUCGAGGACCCAUAAGAUCAUCGCGCCGGCCAACAUGGAACGGCCGGUCAGGUACAUCAGGAAGCCGAUUGACUACACAGUACUGGACGAUGUAGGCCAUGGUGUAAAGUGGCUAAAAGCCAAGCAACAUGGAAACAAUCAGUCAAUCAGAGGCGGAACGCUAUCGAGGACCAAUCCACCAACACAGAAGCCGCCGAGCCCUCCCAUGUCAGGGCGUGGCACUCUUGGCCGCAACACGCCCUACAAGACCCUGGAACCAGUCAAACCUCCCACAGUGCCCAACGACUACAUGACCAGCCCUGCCCGGCUAGGCAGCCAGCACGGCCAGCAGCACAGCCCUGGACGCACUGCAUCCCUCAACCAGAGGCAACGCACACACAGUGGAAGCAGCGGGGGCAGUAGCAGCCGGGAGAACAGCGGCAGCAGCGGUAUUGGCAUUCCCAUCGCCGUGCCUACACCCUCCAUCCCCAACUCUGGACCAGUCCCCUCCAUGUCGGCUCCCCCGGGUGCCCCUCCACCUCCCCCACCCCCUCCACCUCCUCCACCUGCUCCUCCUCUGCCAGGGUUCAGCGCCCCGGCGGCAACAUCACCCAUAGUGGUGGCCCCCGGGCCUGGUCUGGGCCCUAUUCCCAUGUCCCAGUUCGGAACCAUCUCGCGGCAGAUCUCGCGGCACAACCCUUCCAACUCCUCUGUCUCUAUGGUUUCGGCCACGGGCACCUACCGCCGGGCGCCGUCGGUCACUUCCCAGUUCUCCUUGCAGCAGCAACAGCAGCUACAACAACAGCAGCAGCAGCAGCAGCAGCAGCAGCAACAACAGCAGCCUCAUAUUAAUGGAGGCACCCCUGGCUAUGGCCAGAACUCAAUGUCUAUCGCUCCCCCUCCUCCCCCCAUGCCCCAGCUGACUCCACAGAUACCUCUGACUGGCUUUGUGGCCAGGAUGCAGGAGAGCAUUGCAGAUACUCCCACUCCACCUCCCCCUCCACCUCCAGAUGACAUGCCAAUGUUCGACGACUCUCCUCCGCCUCCACCGCCUCCUCCGGUGGAUUACGAGGAGGAGGAUGCUGCUGUCGUUCACUACAAUGACCCUUACGCUGACGGAGACCCACAGUGGGCACCCAAGAACUACAUUGAAAAAGUGGUCGCUAUCUACGACUACACCAAGGACAAGGACGACGAGUUGACUUUCAUGGAGGGGGCCAUCAUUUAUAUCAUCAAGAAGAACGACGACGGUUGGUUCGAAGGCGUCUGCAACGGCGUCACCGGCCUGUUCCCCGGCAACUACGUGGAGUCCAUCAUGCACUAUGCUGACUGAAGGGACCUCACAGCACCAGUACAGUCUAUUUAUUCAGUCACAUCAUAUCCACUGAGAGACUGACAGAACAACAGCCACCUGACUCCUAAGAUGCGUAGCCAUAUUGUAUGAUCUUGUGUUUUUUUUGAUAUGACAGAAUGUUCUUUACCUUACUGAUUGCAAAUAAAUCAAAAGUAAUAUCUAUUUAGUUUAUUUUGGUGUUAUAUGGGCGUGUGGGGGACAUUUACAGAGUAUGUACAAAAAAAAAAAAAAAAAAUGAAAGAAAGAAAGAAAGAGUUUCUAAAGAAUUUGAUUGCCCAUUUUUCUCACACGGGUUGUGGUCGGGAUGUUUCCAAAGACGAGGGUGACACAGCUGAAGGACGUGGGACAUUCUUGCCUGGAUACAGAUUCAUGAUUGCAGUUGAAAUGGCCAUUUCUGAUUCAUUGUGAAUAAAAGUAGCCGAUUAGGUUUGAUGGAACAAAUAAAAUUCAGAUGUUAUGUAUGCACCUUCAGUGAAAGUGUUAGUACCGUCAAUUGUAUAUAAUGUGAGCUGCAGCUGUAAUGUAAUUCAGUGAAUGUCGAUUAUAUGAUAGUUUUAUAAGCAGCCUGCCCACCACACAGAUGUUGACCCCCCCCCCAGUUUAGUUUUUUUUUUUUUUUCUUUUGUCUCUGAUCAGGGUUUCUACCAAAACUGUGCCCUUGUUCCUCCUUUCAACUCCAAGAAGCUCAUCUGAUGUGAAAAAUAAAUGCAGACUGUGUAUCAUAUUUUGAAGGCAAACGGUUACUCCUCAAAAUUCAGUCUUGGCGUUAAAGCAUGCAAAACUCUAAACGACGUAAUCUUAACUUAAUUGCCAUCACGCUUCCAUUACGUUGUAAAUGCACUCACCCUUUUUGGUUCUUUUAUUACGUAUUUUCUUAAUGCUGAUUUGCAUCUGAAAAUUUAAAAUGAUGAAAUUGGAGUUUUUUGUUUGUUUUUUUUUUUUCUUUCAUCUUUGCAAUGUUCAAAUCAUAAUUUGAGAGGCAUGUCAAGACAGCGCAUUCCAUUUUUGACCAUUUCAGCUUCAUAUUGUUUUAAGAUUGUGUCACGUCACUAUUAUAAACUUUUUACUAAUCCACACAGAGUCUAGAUAGUUAAAAUCUGUUGGUUGAUAAGGUCCCAUUUGCUAACUGGCAAUAACAGACUGGGGUUCUGGUUAUGAUGGAGGGUUAAAUGAUAAGUCAUGCAGUGUUACUCGACUGGAUCUGUCAUGUCCAACACUGCCGUCUUACAAUCCAGAUACAACGGAGACCAAUUUAACAACUCUGAUACCUCCUCAGUCUCAGUGCAACAGUGAACUGCUACAGAUUAAGUUUCAUAACUCAGGUCUAGAAGUCUAGUGAACGCCAUUUUACGUGUCAUCACCCCUCUGACAUGCACGGAUCAGUCAUUAGUAACAGCAUGACUUGUCGGUUUUUGAAGUCCGGGGGUCGAGAAAGGAGUCAAAAUGCCAUCAUGAGAAACACCUCGUUUUAACAAUGCAAUUUGUCUUUUCCUUGCAAACAUGAACUUGGUUUGUCACUGUUUACCAUUUCAGGAUAUUGCAGCUAAUGCCUUGGUAUUUCAUCUGUUUGCUUUAGUGUAUCCAACAAAAAAAAGAAGACAAGUGUUCCAACUCAAUUUCAUAGAUAGAAAUAUUGAAUCGUAUCUCUCUCUCUCUCUCUCUGCCCUUAAUUUGUAUAUAUAAUAUGUUAAUUGAAAAAUUAAUGUACAGUCUUUUAUAAUAAACAAUACUAUGUACAA